UAUGUAAUUUAGUAGAAGUCAAGCUUAUGUGGCGAAGUAAAUGUCGUUUCUAUCCAAGUUAGCUUUGUACUAGAAAUAGGGAACAUAUAAAUUAUGAAGAGUUUGUUAAGGUGUUUUAAUAUAUUAAAACCUUUGUAACUGGAAGUGUCAACAUUGUUAGCUGUUCCUUGUCUGUGUAUAUUAUAAUAGCAUAUACAUCAUAGACUUGGCCUUUGUUAAACGUUAAACCAUAUCUUUUGUGAGUCUGCCCCUUAUAAAUAUGGUAAAGGCAUCAAGUUAGAUAGUAGUUGGGUACCAGCCAGCUAGCUGACAUAGUGUAAGGACACCAUAUUGGAUUACAAAACUAUAUUAUUAUUACCAUUUUUAUUAUAUUCUGCGCAUGAUUUCAUACUUAAUUUGGAUUUGUCCAGUGUCUAAGAUUUGAAAAAACUAAUGACAGAGACAGAAGCAUAUAUUUUUAAUACCAAAUCAAAAGAUAUGUCCAAAGAAGAGAUGAAUAUAAAGUUAGAGGUAUAACAAUAAGUCUUGGUUGUUACUUGCCAUAACUCUUUUUUCUCUUCCCCAUAACUUGCAUUUCAUCACAAUUUCACAACAAUGGCUAUCUUUCUUCCUUCUAGUUCUCAUGCUCUUUUUCUUGCACUCAUGUUGUUUUAUGUCACUAAUAUUUCAGCUCAACCACUACAACUCAGUGGAACAAACUUUUCAUGCCCGGUGGAUUCACCUCCUUCGUGUGAAACCUAUGUGACAUACUUUGCUCGGUCUCCAAAUUUUUUGAGCCUAACAAACAUAUCAGAUAUAUUUGAUAUGAGUCCUUUAUCCAUUGCAAAAGCCAGUAACAUAGAAGAUGAGGACAAGAAGCUGGUUGAAGGCCAAGUCUUACUAGUACCUGUAACUUGUGGUUGCACUAGAAAUCGCUAUUUUGCGAAUUUCACUUACACAAUCAAGCUAGGUGACAACUAUUUCAUAGUUUCAACCACUUCAUACCAGAAUCUUACCAAUUAUGUGGAAUUCGAAAAUUUCAACCCUAAUCUAAGUCCAAAUCUAUUGCCACCAGAUAUCAAAAUUGUAGUCCCUUUAUUCUGCAAAUGCCCUUCAAAGAAUCAGUUGAACAAAGGAAUAAAGUAUCUGAUUACUUAUGUGUGGCAGUCUAAUGAUAAUGUUACCCUUGUAAGUUCCAAGUUUGGUGCAUCACAGGUGGACAUGUUUACUGAAAACAAUCAAAACUUCACUGCUUCAACCAACGUUCCGAUUUUGAUCCCCGUGACAAAGUUACCGGUAAUUGAUCAACCGUCUUCAAAUGGAAGAAAAAACAGCAUUCGAAAACCUGCUUUUAUAAUUGGUGUUAGCCUAGGAAGUGCUUUUUUCAUUAUAGUUUUAACACUAUCACUUGUUUAUGUAUAUUGUCUGAAAAUGAAGAGAUUGAAUAGGAGUACUUCAUUGGCGGAGACUGCGGAUAAGUUACUUUCAGGUGUUUCGGGUUACGUAAGCAAGCCAACAAUGUAUGAAAUGGAUGCGAUCAUGGAAGGUACAAUGAACCUGAGUGAGAAUUGUAAGAUUGGUGAAUCAGUUUACAAGGCUAAUAUAGAUGGUAGGGUUUUAGCAGUGAAAAAAAUCAAGAAAGAUGCUUCCGAGGAGCUGAAAAUUCUGCAGAAGGUAAAUCAUGGAAAUCUUGUGAAACUUAUGGGCGUAUCUUCCGACAACGAUGGGAACUGUUUCCUUGUUUAUGAGUAUGCUGAAAAUGGAUCACUUGAUGAGUGGUUAUUCUCGGAGUCGUCGAAAACUUCGAACUCGGUGGUUUCGCUUACAUGGUCUCAGAGAAUAACAGUAGCAGUGGAUGUUGCAGUUGGUCUGCAAUACAUGCAUGAACAUACUUACCCAAGAAUAAUCCACAGAGACAUCACAACAAGUAAUAUCCUUCUUGAUUCAAAUUUUAAGGCCAAGAUUGCAAAUUUUUCCAUGGCUAGAACUUCAACCAACUCAAUGAUGCCAAAAAUUGAUGUUUUCGCUUUUGGGGUGGUUCUGAUUGAGUUGCUUACCGGCAAGAAAGCGGUAACAACAAAGGAAAAUGGUGAGGUGGUUAUUCUGUGGAAGGAUUUCUGGAAGAUUUUUGAUCUAGAAGGGAAUAGAGAAGAGAGCUUGAGAAAAUGGAUGGAUCCUAAGCUAGAGAAUUUUUAUCCUAUCGAUAAUGCUCUUAGUUUGGCUUCUUUGGCAGUAAAUUGUACUGCAGAUAAAUCAUUGUCAAGACCAAGCAUCGCAGAAAUUGUUCUUUGUCUUUCUCUUCUCAAUCAAUCAUCAUCUGAACCAAUGUUGGAAAGAUCCUUGACAUCUGGUUUAGAUGCUGAAGCUACUCAUGUUGUUACUUCUAUAGUAGCUCGUUGAUAUUCAAGUGAAGGUAACACUGAAUCAAUGCUUCAGUUUCUUGUAUUCAAGAUGGUUACUUUGUUUAGAUGAUUAUUGAUUACAUCUUUAUGUGUGGAACUAUAUUGUUAUUUUAAUCAAGGGAAGUGUUCUAAAUUUCA